AGGAAGCCAACUACUACGGCUCGCUGACCCAGUCCGGCACCGUGAGCCUGGGCCUGGAUGCUGACGGCCGGGAAGUGUUCGUGCCCUUGCGUGCAAUGUUGCCCAUGGUGGCGCCAAACGACCUGGUUUUCGAUGGCUGGGACAUCUCGUCGCUGAACCUGGCGGAGGCCAUGCGGCGUGCGCAGGUGUUGGACUGCCACCUGCAGGAGCAGCUGUGGCCGCACAUGGAGCGCCUGCGCCCCCGGCCCUCGGUCUACAUCCCCGAGUUCAUCGCCGCCAACCAGAGCGCGCGCGCCGACAACCUGAUCGCGGGCUCGCGCGCCGAGCAGCUGGAGCAGAUCCGCCAGGACAUCCGGGACUUCCGGGCCGGCGCAGGGCUGGACAAGGUCAUCGUGCUGUGGACGGCCAACACGGAGCGCUUCUGCGACGUGGUUCCAGGACUCAACGACACGGCCGAGAACCUUCUGCGCACUAUCCAGCUGGGCGGGGAGGUGUCGCCGUCCACGCUCUUCGCCGUGGCCAGCAUCCUGGAGGGCUGCGCUUUCCUCAAUGGGUCCCCGCAGAACACGCUGGUGCCUGGCGCACUGGAGCUGGCCGCGCGGCAUCGCGUGUUCGUGGGCGGCGAUGACUUCAAGUCCGGCCAGACCAAGGUCAAGUCCGUGCUCGUGGACUUCCUCAUCGGCUCCGGCCUCAAGACCAUGUCCAUCGUGAGCUACAACCACCUGGGCAACAACGAUGGGCAGAACCUGUCGGCGCCGCAGCAGUUCCGCUCCAAGGAGGUGUCCAAGAGCAACGUGGUGGACGACAUGGUGCACAGCAACCCCGUCCUCUACGCGCCCAGCGAGCAGCCGGACCACUGCGACUCGCUGCUGGCCGCGCCCAUCAUGCUGGACCUGGCGCUGCUCACGGAGCUGUGCCAGCGCGUGAGCUUCUGCACCGACGCCGACCCCGAGCCGCAGGGCUUCCACCCGGUGCUGUCGCUGCUCAGCUUCCUCUUCAAGGCGCCGCUCGUGCCGCCCGGCAGCCCGGUGGUGAACGCGCUCUUCCGCCAGCGCAGCUGCAUCGAGAAUAUUCUCAGUGCACGCUCCCCGGUGGCCCCACCCAUCACUCGACCGCACUCUGUGGCCACGCCCUCGAUUACCUUGCCCCAGUCCUGGACUUCACCGCUCUGGGAGAUCCCGCCCAUCCCCCUUGGCCCGCCGGCGAGGACCCCGCCCGUCUUCGUUGGCCACGCCCCUCCCGCUCUGCGGGGACCCUCUGGCCACGCCCCGCUGCGCGGUGGCCACGCCCACCCCUGGCGCGCCCGGGCGUCGCGUUGGUCGGGGCAUCGUUGGGUCCCGCUCCGCAGCGCCGGUGUCAGGAAGCCGGCGCCGGGGCAGACCCGGACCCAGGCCGCUGGCACCCAGAAGAGGGAAGUGGGGCCGGCGGCCCCGCCCCGCGCCUCCUGCCCCCCUCGGCAGCCCCGCAGCAGUUCCUCUUCGCCCCAGUCGCCUCUGCGCGGAGGCCGAGGCCCGGGUCCCCGUGCUCGGUGCUCGGUGCUCGGUGCUCGCGGCUCCGACUGCGUCCAGCCGCGGUACAGCAGCCGGGACCCCCGCCCCGCGCCCCCCUCGUCCGCGCCUGACUAUGAGAACGUGUUCAUCGGCCAGGCAGCCUCGGAGCCUCAGUGGACUUCUCACGGGGCUUCUGAGGACUGUGACUUCUACAUGAACUACGAAGGCCCCAACGCCGACGCCCAGGCCGUCUACUGCAACCUGGAGUCUCUGGGCCGGGCCCUGACGGAUGAAGAGGAGUACGUGGCUCCCGGGCGCUGA